ACGUUCUGUACGCGCGUAAAUCUGAUAAACUAAACAGAUAAUUAAGGUGAAGGUCAGCAAAAUCACAACCUAUAUGUGCCAUUAAAACCCAGUUUUCUCAUAACACCCGGUCGCGGUCGGAUGUCAUGUAACCGAUUCUGAAAAUAGCGUUGGAAUUACUCGCACCGUGCAGGCAGCAGUGUAAAACGUCGGCAGUGUUUCGCGUGACUUUGGUCGGAGAAGAGCGUGCGCCAUGCGGUCCACGCUAUCGGUGUGCGCGGUCAUCGCGUUUCUAAGUUAUGCUCACGGCGCGAGGAUCCUCGGCCUCUUCCCCCACACCGGCAAAAGCCACCAAAUGGUUUUCGAACCCCUCCUCAAAAAACUAGCAGAGCGCGGUCACCAAAUGACCGUCGCUUCUUUCUUCCCCCUUAAAAAUCCACCCGCGAACUAUACGGAAAUCAGCUUCGAAGGCAUCGCCGGUCUCGGCGUUGAAACCAUAGAUUUGGGCUGGUUUGAAAACCUUAACUUAAUUUAUAAAAUACCCAUCGUUGGCGAAAUUUAUAAACAAAUUACCGAUUUCACCCCUCUAUCAGGAAUGGCACUAAAUGUUUGCGGGAAGGCAAUCGAUUGGCCCCCGCUCAUCGAAGCGCUGAAGAAAGAAUACGAUAUUGUUAUUUUAGAAAAUUUCAAUAGUGAUUGCAUGCUUGGAUUGUUGCAUGUGUAUGGAAUUAAAGUGCCGGUUAUUUCGCUAUCGUCGUCCAAUGUGUUGCCCUGGGCGACCGAGCGUAUCGGUGCUGUGGACAAUCCAUCUUACCUUCCAGUGGUUAGUGCUGAAUGGACGGCCCCUUUUACAUUUAUGGAAAAAAUGAAAAAUACUUUCCUACAUUUCUUCUUUAAAUUGUGGUAUUUCUAUGAUAUUCAAGAGAAAGAAAGGGCAGUGAUCGAAAAAUUUUAUGGCAGUAAAGUGCCCCUGUACGAAUUAUCGAAAAAUAUAACCUUGAUGAUGAUAAAUACAUUUUAUCCCUUAAAUGGUGUGAGGCCCUUGCUGCCAGGAUUUGUUGAAGUGGGUGGUAUGCAUUUAGAUAACGGUAGAAAACCCAUCCCAGAGUAUAUCGAGCGCUUCAUAAACGAGUCGGAACACGGUGUCGUAUUAUUCAGUUUUGGCUCGUUGAUAAAAACAUCCACCAUCCCAAAAUACAAAGAAGAGGUCAUCAUAAAGGCGCUUUCUAAAUUAAAACAGCGAGUUAUUUGGAAAUAUGAAGAAAGCGGGGAAGAGGGAACCCUCACUGGCAACAUUUUGAAAGUAAGAUGGCUGCCACAGUUUGAACUGUUACGCCAUAAAAAGGUAGUAGCAUUCAUAGCCCACGGCGGCCUUCUGGGCAUGACGGAAGCUGUGUCCGCCGGCAAGCCGAUGCUAGUGGUGCCUUUCUUCGGAGACCAGCCGUCCAACGCCGCUGCAGCGGAGUCCGCUGGAUUUGCGAAGGUGCUAAGAUAUAGCGACCUGACUGAAGAAUCGCUGAGUGCAGCGCUAGAAAGCGUAUUAAGCGCUGAAAUGCGCCUCCAAGCCCGCACCGUUUCAAAGAUCUGGAAUGACAGGCAGAACCCGCCCUUAGAAACUGCAGUAUACUGGGUAGAAAGGGUCAUCAGAUGGGGUCCUGUCGCCAAACUACACUCUCCUGCAAGAGACCUGGCCUUCUAUGAAUACGCCUUAUUAGAUGUCGCAGCGGCUUACAUCGCCAUUAUUCUGACAACCCUAGCCUUGUUCUGGUACAGUCUGUCAAAACUAUCCAGACUAUUCUUGAAGGACAGCAAACAGAAACUACACUAGUUGUGUAGUUCAAUAUGGGCUAUGAAUUGUUGUUAUUGUUUGUGGGUGUUAAAAUGGGAUUGUUUAUUUUGUAGCUUAUGAGAUGUUAUAGAAAUUAGCAAAUUGUUAUAUAUAUAUAUAUUAAUGACAAUAAUUGUUGAUACGAAUCUAAGAGUUGAAAUAGUCCGUAAUUACUUCCAUGAUUGUUUGGUUGGUAAAUUCUUGACAUGUUUAAUAUAUUGACCAGUAAAAAUCAUAGUUAGUUUAUAAGACCUAUUUAAUUAAAUAAAGUUCCUUAAUACAAUAAGUUGGUAGUAGUUAGUUAGAUUUAGCCACAGGAUUUAGCUUUAGAAAUUUAUUUAACGCCUAUCUUUUACUCAUGGCAAUGUUUUAGCAAGCAUUCUAGCUUUUUGGUAGGAGUUAACUUUUAUAAAACUUAUUUAUUGUCAUCGUUUAAAAAUUUUCCUUAAAAAUUUUCUUUUUAUGCAACUACUAUUAAACAUAAUUGUUAAUGUCAAUGUUAAUUGUGAUAAAAAAUAUGAAUACCAAUUACCAUGUAACUUCAUAACAGUGUGAUAAAGACAAAGACACAAUAAAUACUUAUGUUUAAAAUACCUAUGUAAAAGAAAAUUUUUAUUGACUGUAAUAAUUAAAAAAAAAACAAAACUGCAAAGAAUGAAUAAAUCGAUCUAUUGAAAGUUGAAACAACUUUAUUGAAA